AUGAGUACCAAAGGCUCAGUCCUCAUCACCGGCUGCAGCAAUGGCGGCAUCGGCUCGGGUCUCGCACUUGCUUUCCAGCAAAGAGGGUACCAAGUAUUUGCGACAGCUCGAAACGUCGAGAAAAUGUCAGAUCUCAAAGGGCUCCAGAAUCUCAAUUUGCUGCAACUAGACGUUCUCAAGUCUGAGGAUAUUCAUAUGGCCAAAAAGUCUGUCGCGGAAAAGACUGGGGGCACACUGUCAGUACUGGUCAACAACGCAGGCAUCUUCCACUAUAUGCCUUUACUAGACGACGAUAUUGAAGCGGUUAAGAAGACCUUUGAUACAAACGUGUGGGGUCCGCUUGCUAUUACGAAGGCAUUUGCACCACUCUUGAUCAAAAGCAGGGGUACGCUGGUUAAUAUUACCUCUAUCGCUGGACACAAUGCUAUGCCGUACUCAGGAGUGUAUGGGGCGUCCAAGCGGUCUUUAGAGCAUCUGUCAGAGGUUCUCCGCCUUGAGCUACAUCCAUUCCAAGUCAAAGUUCUUUCAAUCGUGACCGGGGGUGUCGCGUCCAGUAAUCAGGCCUCCGGCGAUUUUGCCCUGCCACCAUCAUCGCUGUACAAGCCCAUCAAAGCCACGAUUGAACGAUCACAUGGUCAUGGCGCUUACGCUCGAAUGCCAGUAAAGGUAUACGCGAAUCAUGUGGUUGAUCACAUUGAGAUCGGGUCAACAGGCAAAAUAUGGGUGGGUAGCCAUGCAGAAAAUGCCAAGACAGCGUCUUUGAACGCCGAGGUGGCCACGCAAUGGGUGCGGAACAUUCAAACUCUCUCCUUUCAAGGGUGA